UCUCUCUUGCAUCUCUCUCUUCUAUCUCUCUCCUAACAAACAAAGCAUAAAAGAGAAAGUACAUCACAGCUUCCUUUCAAUCCAUAAAAUUAUAGGUAAAACAAGUCAAGGUCAUCUGUGACUGCGUGUGUACCUUAAGAAGCACUUUGUUCACUCAUCUUUGCAUUGACCUUAAAAAGACUUGGUUCUCAAUUCUCAUCGUUACAUUACAUCUUGUCCUUCUCCAAAGACUUUAUUGACCUGACUCUGCAAGCUAGAGAGAAAUGGCUGCAAAUGGUGAGAGAGUGGCAAUAGGAAUCGAUCUAGGCACCACCUACUCGUGCGUUGCAGUGUGGAGGAACGAUCAGGUUGAGGUCAUUGUGAAUGACCAAGGGAACAGAACAACACCCUCUUAUGUUUCCUUCACCCAGAACCAAAGGAUGAUUGGUGAUGCUGCUCUCAAUAAUGCUUCUACCAACCCAAUCAACUCUGUCUUUGAUGCAAAGCGGUUGAUUGGUAGGAAAUUCAGUGACCCCAUGGUUCAAAGUGAUAAGAAGCUGUGGCCAUUCAAAGUUAUUGCUGAUGAUAAUGACAAACCAAUCAUUGUUGUUAAUCACAAUCACAAGGAAAAACGUUUUCCUGCUGAGGCAAUCUCAUCCAUGGUCUUGGAAAAGAUGCGUGAGAUUUCUGAGGCUUACCUUGGAUCAAAAGUGAAGGAUGCUGUUAUCACUGUGCCUGCUUACUUCAAUGAGUCUCAGCGCCAAGCUACCAAAGAUGCAGGUGCUAUUGCAGGCCUCAAUGUUAUGCGAAUAAUCAAUGAGCCUAGUGCUGCAGCGAUUGCAUAUGGCGUUGACAUGAAAGCUUGCAUUCGUGGAAGGAGAAACGUUUUCAUCUUUGAUCUUGGUGGUGGUACUUUGGAUGUGUCUCUUCUCACGUUUGAGAUGGAAGAUAUCCAAGUUAAGACCAUUGCUGGAGACACUCACCUUGGGGGAGAGGACUUUGAUAAUAGAAUGGUGGACUAUUUUGUGAAGGAAUUCCAAAGAAAGAACAAAAUGGACAUCAGAGGAGACCCAAGAGCCCUUAGGAGGUUGAGAUUUGCUUGUGAGAAAGCAAAGAGGACGCUCUCAUGCAACACUCUGGCCACCAUUGAGUUAGAUUUCUUAUAUCAAGGUAUUGAUUUCUACUCAUCAAUAACUCGUGCAAAGUUUGAGGAACUCAACAAAGAUUACUUUCAAAAGUGUAUGGAGCUUGUGGAAAAGUGUGUAAUAGAUUCAAAGAUGGACAAGAGCAAUAUUCAUGAUGUUGUCCUGGUUGGCGGCUCUUCUAGGAUUCCUAAAGUGAGACAGCUACUGAUGGACUUCUUUGGUAGGAAGGAUCUAUGCAAUAGAAUCAAUCCUGAUGAGGCUGUUGCGCAUGGUGCUGCUGUUCAUGCUUCUAUAUUGAGCGGUGAGUUCAGUGAGAAGGUUCAAAGCUUGUUAUUGAGGGAAGUCACCCCUCUGUCCCUCGGGCUAGAGAAGCAUGGGGGUAUCAUGGAAACAAUAAUUCCAAGGAAUACCAUGAUUCCUACAACCAUGGACCAUGUAUUCACUACACAUUUUCAUAACCAAACCAAUAUCUUGAUUCAUGUUUAUGAGGGUGAGAGGCAAACAACUAGACACAACAACUUGCUAGGUAAGUUUGUACUGGAAAUUCCUCCAUAUCCUCGAGGUGUUCCUCAAAUCAAAGUAUGCUUCCAAAUUGAUGAAGAAGGUAUCUUACAUGUCUCUGUCAAGGAAAAAUCCAAUAGAAUUAACAUGAAGGUUACAAUAAUAAAUGACAAGGGAAGGUUGUCAAGGGCUGAAAUCGAGAGGAUGGUCAGAGAAAAUGAGAAGAACAAGGCUGAAGAUGAGAGGUACAAGAAGAAGGUAGAAGCAAAGAAUGCAUUGGAGAACUAUGCAUACAACAUGAGGAAUGCCAUAAAUGACGAGGACAUUAGUUCGAAGCUUUCCCUAGAAGACAAGCAAAAGAUCAAUGAUGCAAUUGAUUUGGUCUUGAAAUGGCUUGGUAUCAAUGAUGCUGCAGAACAAGAUGAUUUUGAGCGUUAUAGUAAAGAUCUUUCGAAGGCCUUUGAUCCAAUUAUGUUGAAGAUGAUAAAGGAUCUUUCCCCAACAGAUAAUGAUGUGACGCCAAGUACUGUUGGAAAUGAUAAAAUGAAACGCUGGUUACAAAUAUUGGCAAAGCAUACUCUCCAGGCAGUGUAUUCAACUCUUACUGGUGACAUUAUUGGGUUUGUUUGUACUGUGAUUGGUGAUAUUCUGCCCUAGUAAUUAGAGUUAAAACAUGAUAAAAUUUAAAUAGACCAAAUUGUAUCGUGGUUUGAACUUGUAUCUUAUAGUUUGAGGAAAAACCAAAAUGUAAUGAGAAGUGUAGCAGCUUGUUAUCAAAGCAGUAAAUUUCAUGUUGCAAGUGACAA